AUGAUUUGCUUUAGCUUAACUGCGGUCGGGGAUCAAAGCUCAUCUCCACAUGAAUCGAGGCACGCAAGAAGCUCUGCUAGCUGGCCACCCACGAUAAUGUUGUCCAGUGUUGAGACUACAGCUGUACUAUUCCUCAAGUAUCUAGAGGAGCAGCAGGUACUGCGUAGCGCCACGGAGGUAGAAUGGACCGAAAAGAGCAGCAAGACUGUGGUCAUCAGCGCGAAGAUCGCCGAACAUGGGGCGACCGCCUUCAAGGACGUGGCAGACGAACUGGAAUUGAUAUUUGUUGACCUCAGCGGGGGGGAGAAGGUGAUGAUAAGCGUGUGUGGGGCCGGCAGCCCAAUAGCACAGGCUGUGGUGCGCUAUCAGGAGGACAUGGGGCUGCCGGAAGAGCUGCCCGCAAGCAACACGGAGGCCGCCAGUCUCUACGGAGCGCAGCUCCGUAACGUCUUCCAUGCGAAAUUUCCCCUGGAUAGGCCGGAUGCAGCACGCCCAGCGCAAAAAGCACAGCCCCGUGAUUACGACGCCCUCAGCGGAGGCGCGCCUCCGCCAAUCCGCGCGCAGGUUCCUGCACGCAGGCUGCCAGCAGACAUGCCUGGCUUCGAGGACGAGUACGAGGUUCUCUCCCCCCCGGCCGGCGCCGCGCAGCCGCUGCCUGGCAGCCCUGCAGGCUACGGCGACAGCGACCUGUAUCCAGGCGGCCAGAAGCGGCCAAACCCGUUUGACCCCUUUCCCGCGCCCAACCCGCAGGGCGGCAUGAUAUUCGAUCCGCGGCUACAACGGCCCACCGCCCCGCUGCCCUACGGCGGCCAGUUCGACCCCGCGGACCCCGCGGACCCGCGCAGGCCGCCCGGUUUCCUCCCCGGUGCGCGCUGGAACGCGCCCUUUGGCGGCCCCGGCGGCCCCGGCGGCCCCGGUGGCAUGGGCAACUCCCCAUUUCGUUAG